AUGGGCAAAAAAAGAAGUCAAGAAAUAGAGGAGGAAUCAGAAGAAGAACCCCAAGAGCUUCCUGAAGAAAGUGAGCCAAGUGAAGAUGAAAAUGACACACAAAGCACAAAAUUAAUUGGUGAAAAAACCUUAAACCAAAUCAAAAUAUCUAUCACAAAAGGCGUUCAAGGUGCCAAAAAACUUCUGAAAAUGUACAGAAAAGCCUGCAGAUCUGGUGAAGAGGAAGUCCCAAUUUUCAGCAGUGCCCAAGUUCACAACGAAAUUUUGGUGCUAUCUCUACAAGAGCUCCCAAAACUAUUUAAGAAAAAAUUAGGCAAAAAGUUAGACCAAAGCUCCAACUGAAAACGCUUAAACAACCUCUUACUCCCCCCUCCGUGAGCAAAUAAAACCAUUGGAAAAAUCCUUAUUUUUUGUCCAAAAACCCACUCUCCGUGAACGAACAAAAAAUAAUUUCAAUAAAAUAAAAAUUUAAGUGAUAUAUAAGUAAUUAUUUGUAUAAUGAAAUUUCCAGCUAAUUCUAUUUAAUUUAAACAAAUUGCAUUUUAAAACAUAAAUUUUACAAAUUAAAUAAUUUUCUAAAAAAAAAACAUUUUUACAAAAUUUAUAUAUAAAUAAAAAUUAACCCUCUCCGUCUUGUUCGAUUACGGAGGGGGAGCUAAGAAGUUUUUUAGCCAACACUUUGAUACUUCUCAAGGUAAUAAAAUCAGAAAAACUUAUUUCUAUUGCUUUCCAAGGGCUUUCUCACAUAGCGAAAUUGCUUCAUUUAAUGCCAGAGUAUUCACAGUUGUUAAUUAAGCAAGCAGCAAAGCUUUGGGGAGAAGAAAAAGACAUGAUUAAGCUCUCAAGCUAUUCUUUUCUUAGAAAAGCAUUGGAGCUUGAAGUCAUUGACAAAAUUGAGCUUCUUAAGUCUGUGUACAAAACUUUUGACAAAAACGCAAAAUUUAUGUCUUGGAGCAAGUAUCAAGACAUUGACUUAAUGAGAAGAUGCUUUGUAGAUUUGCUAGGGCUUGACCUAUCAGCUUCUUAUCAAGUAAUCUUCAUAUACCUUCGGCAGCUUUCUCUUUCAUUAUCAGAAGUAAUUAAAAAUCCAAGCACAGAUAGGGUGAAAACCUUAUAUAACUGGCAAUAUCUCAACUCUUUAUGCUUACUUGCCCAAUCUAUCAUUAAAUACCCUACACACCUUAGUGAGCUUGCCUUUCCUCUGCUCCAAAUCUGUCAAGGACUCCUUCAAAUAACCAAUAUCCCUAAAUAUUUCCCUAUAAAACUCCACUUUAUCCGACUUUUAAUCGCUCUCCAAGCAUCAAGCCAAACCUAUAUCCCUAUAAUUACCCCUCAUUUAUUAGAAAUUUUGCUUUCUGCUUCACUUCAGAAAAAAUCAAAGCCGACCAAGCUGAAAGCUUUUCAUUUCAUUAUGGCCCUUAAGGCAAGUAAAGAACAAUUGACAAGUGAAACGUAUAAGGAGCAGCUGAUUGAAGAAGUCUGUGAUUCAUUGAUAGAACAUAUGGCUGGGGUUGGAAAUGCUAUCAGCUUCCCUGAAAUUAUGAUCCCUGUUAAAAUUUCGCUGAAAAAGCACACAAAGACGGUUAGAAAUGGAGGAAUCAGAGGGAGAAUUCUGCAUACAAUAAAGCUGAUUGAAGAUAAUGCAGAUUUUAUCAAUAAAAAGAGGCUGGAAAUGAAUCUGCCUCCUAUCGGUGCACCGAUCGUUGUUGAAGGAAAUUGCCCAUUGUGGGAACAAAGAGACAAAAUUUUGAAAAGAAGGGCUGAAAUAAUUCGAAGUAAAAUUAGCUCACUCUCAGAGGAAAAUACUAAAUCCCUCUCUGUAAGCUAGAUUAGAGAUUCUCUAUGGUCACAAUAUUAAUUACUUUAUAUAAAUGAUAGUUAAAUAUAUUUUAAAUCAUAGGUAUUCUAAGCAAAUUGACCCCCUUUAUGGGGGGUGGUAACCAUUAUUUAUUAAAUCAUAUGCAAUCUAAAAUAAAAGUUAAAUAGAUAAAUAUAUUUAUUUAUAAUUGAUAAAAAUAAAUUAACUCUCGUUAUAGAAACAAAAAUAUGCUCGCAGGAAGAAGAAGUAAGGAUUAUUAA